AUUGAUAGGCAGCAGUUUGAAGAGACUGUCCGAACGCUGAAUAACCUCUAUGCAGAAGCUGAAAAACUUGGGGGCCAAUCUUACCUUGAAGGGUGUCUUGCCUGUCUGACCGCCUAUACCAUUUUCCUGUGCAUGGAAACGCAUUAUGAAAAGGUUCUAAAGAAAAUUGCCAAGUUCAUUCAGGAACAGAAUGAGAAGAUCUAUGCUCCUCAGGGCCUCCUUCUGACAGACCCCAUUGAAAGAGGACUAAGAGUUAUUGAAAUUACCAUUUAUGAAGACAGAGGUAUGACCAGUGGAAGAUAAAACUGUGGAGUCUCAGCAGAUAUCUCACCAGUGGACUUGAUGUAUCGAAGCUCCCCUACCUCCUACUUCAGAGCAUCAUUCCUUUCUCUGCUGCCAGAUCCACAGUGCCAUCUACUACAAGGACUAAAACUUCCUAAAACUGCUCCACAUGGGAUGACCUAGCUGGUCAGCAUCCAUUUUGUGGCAAACUUCUAAGCAAUGAGAUCACUUUUUAGGUUUUUGUUUGUUAUUUUUCCAAGAAAAAGCAGAAGUGGUAAAGCUACGUACUCUUCUGAAAGAAAGGGGGCACCUAGCCCAGCAGAAGCCUAGUGUUAGUCACGUACAUGCAGUGCUGUUCCUCCCUAGUUCUUAAACCCUUCUGUACGGCAAGCGGGCUUUGGAAAUCU